AUGAUUCGGUGUAGUCAAGAGAGUGUCCUGUCCGAGGUCCAUCCGAGGCUGUUGGAGGAAGCAGUGUUCCCACCACGUAGCAUUUCUUUCCCACCUGGUUUGGUCCAUUGUUUAGCAAGACGGUUGACCACAAUGAACUCUCCCUCGACUACUCAUCAUCCUCACCAUCCUCAUCAUCAUCAUCAUCGCACCAUCACGAGCUGUCGCAACAUGACGACCACCACCAAGUUCCGCGCUCUGUUUGUGUGCACCAUGAUUGGGACGGCGAUAGUAUUUGGCUUGGCGACGUAUUUCAUCUUGAGGCAUAUGGAGUCCAACACGGCGGAAGAGACAUUCGAGUCCAUUGCCGCAUCGGCGCUGGAACAAGCUCAAGCCAUUGCCGUGCGUAAGCAACAAGGCGCAGACAGUUUGGCGAAUGCGCUCUCCUAUGCCUUUCCUGCGGCCAGUCAAUGGCCCUUUGUAGGACUCCGCGGAUACACGCAGCUGGCCACCAAGGUGGCAGCCAUGAGCGCCACGGCCGGACACGGCUUCAUGGCGGUCGUCCGUGAAGAUCAGAUUGCCGACUUUGAAGCACACACCAAAGAACUCUACGAACGAUUCCAGUAUCCGCCCAAAGCGGGCAAUUCGGCGUUUGGCUUUGGCAUUUGGGAAGAGCAACUCGACAAGGACAAGUGCGAGUACGAGGAUUGCCGCUUUCACCAGAAUACAACAGAGCGCAUCUGGAACAAUCGAUACAACAUUUCAAUCCCUUUUUUGCAGCACAAGAACACCUUGAAGAAACCAGCCAUAUUGAUGCGGAACCUGCAUCAGUUCGAACUUCGUGGAUCUCUCAUGGAGCGCAUCAUUGAUUGCGGCAAUGCCGCUCCGGCCAACUCCACCGAAUCGCCCAAAUGCGGAUCCGUGACGGACUUUACCACCAUUUUCAUCCGUCCCGGACCUAGUGCCGUCUUUUUCGAUCCCAUCUUUCCUGCGGACGAUCCCACGACAGUCGUCGGAUUCAUUGGAACGUCCAUCAAUUGGGAAGAAGUAUUGACGGAUGUCGUACCCGACUUUGUCCAUGGACUCGACUGCGUUGUGAGCAAUGAGCGAGGAGACAGUUUCACUUACAGUAUGGAACACGGACAACCGCGUCUCGUGGGAGAAGGAGAUUUUCACGAAGACAACUAUGAUCACAUGGGACGAUCCAUUCUGCUCAAUGACAUGUACGAAACGCAGGCCAAGGGCAGUGCCAAGUUCACUCUCACAGUCUAUCCGACCCAAGAAAUGUACGACAAUCAUUCUUCCCAAGUGCCGCUCUUUGCCGCGAUUGGAUUCGUCGCGGUGAUUGUCUUUUGCACGCUCGUGUUCUUCCUCUACGAUCAUUUUAUGAAGUACGAAGCACACCAGCGCAAAGUUGUGCUGGAAGCCAAGAGACGCUUCGUUCGAUUUGUGAGCCACGAAAUUCGAACUCCUCUCAACGUAGUUUGUAUGGGACUGGAUCUCAUGAUCACAGAACUGCGAGAGCAUCUCGAUGCUAUCGUGGCCAAGGACAAAGAGGCGGAAGCCAAAAAGAAGAAAGAGGAUGAAGCCAAAAAGCCGCAACCUCUCUUUGCAAUGUCCUCUGCAACGCCUCCUCCUCCCUCCCCUCUCUUUGCAAUGUCCCCCGCCGCGCCUCUUCCUCCCACAUCCUCCUCUCCUCCUACUUCCGGACAACAAGACACCACUACGAACGAUAUUGAUGCCGAACAACUACUAGUGUUGGCCAAUGAAAUCCAAGAAAACUCUCAAAAUGCCGUCCAAGUCCUCUCUGACCUGCUCAACUUUGACCGCGUCACGAGCGGGACGUUUGAUCUCGAAUUUCGCUCGGUCCACAUCUUCCGCAGCAUUCGCAAGACAGUUGGAGAAUUCGCCAUUCAGGCACGGAAUCGAAACAUUAACAUUCUUACCCACACCGUCAUCGAGGGCAAUGACGACCCCAGAGCGUCCGAGGAACGACUCUUUGUGCUCGGUGACGAGCGACGUCUCAAUCUCGUGGUUCGAAACUUGAUUUCAAACGCGUUGAAAUUCUGCGAAAACAAAGACAUUCACGUUACCAUUUCGCACUUGCCCAAGGGCUUGCCCGAUGCGGAGGUCACACCCGAAAUGGUCAAGGAACCUGAAGACCACGGCAUGAUUGUGGAACACAGUCAACGAGCAGGUGCCAUCCGAAUUGCGGUCAAGGACAAUGGAGUGGGACUCAACCAGGACCAAUUGGCGUUGCUCUUUAACGAAGGAGUUCAAUUCAAUCCAGAGAUUCUGCAACACGGAGGUGGCAGUGGGUUGGGUCUUUGUCUGACACGAGAGAUUGUGCAUCAACAUCAAGGACGCAUCCAAGCCGCGUCCGAAGGGAUUGGAUGCGGAUCCGAGUUCUUUAUUGACUUGCCACUCUUUGAGAACAUGCAGUUGGCUUCGUCGUCGAAACCGAGGGACAAGGAGGGGUCGACGGCGACCUCUGUGACAGGAUCCCAAAGCUCCGCCGCAAUACAGGAUGAUAACACUCAUCACGUACUGGUGGUAGACGAUGUCGUGACCAACACGAAAAUGUUGGCGCGGUUACUCCAGCGGGCGGGACACAAAUGCGAAACUGCGGCCAAUGGGCAAGAAGCAGUCGAGGCAUUCCUGCGGCAGCAAAAGGAUGGCACCGAGAGACCGUUUGACACUAUUCUAAUGGACUUCGAAAUGCCUACAAUGAACGGGCCACAAGCAACAGAGCGGCUGCGUGAACUGGGCUGCAAAGCUUAUAUUUUCGGUUUGACAGGCAACGUCCUUGCGGAGGAUGUUGCAACUUUCAAACAGUCGGGUGCUGAAAUUGUGUUGUUCAAACCAAUUAACUUACCUUCGCUAGACUCGGCUUGGGAAGACAUGGACCUGAAAAAGAAGAGAAGAAGAGUAGGCGUGCCUGCUCCGCCGAAUGCUGAAAACGCUUGA